UUAUAUAUACAUCCCAGUUCCUAUCCCUCUCCUCCUGAUCUGAUCUCCAAGUCUUCAAUUCCUAAUUCACCUGUCAUUCCUUCUUCCACACGCUACAAGUAUAAACCACCCUUUCCUUACAAGAUCAUUUCAAUCCCGUUUGGUUUUGCAUAGCCAUGAUGGGUUUAUGGUUUCGAUGCAAUCUUAACUCCUCCACCUGACACAUGAGUGUUCUCAUUACGGCAUUAAUCCUGGGUAGAAUUAGAAUUAGGCUGCUUCAAUCCUUCUCAGUUGUUUUCCUGUAUUGGUUUUAUGUCUUUUCUUGAGCCCUUUUCUGUUCUGUGUUCAUCAUCAUUUACCCUUAAUUGAAAGGCAAGACAAGACAAUAUAUAUAGAAAGAAAACUAGUGUGUGCAGUGUUGUAUUUGUAUUGUAUUGUAUUGUAUUUCCACUACACAAAGUGUUCGUUUACUUUCCGUAACUUACUCAAAAGCAUGAAAUCUAGAAAGCAUAGCAGCUCCAGCUCUUCGGAAGAAGAUCAUGGCAUCCGGCGUGCCAUGAUUGCGGAUGAAAAGAAGAGGAAGAGGAUGUUAUCCAACCGUGAGUCAGCAAGGCGUUCGAGGAUGAAAAAGGAGCAGCACAUCAAGGAUUUGAACGAUAAAGUCGCAUACUUUAGGACCAGAAGCAGUGGAAUGGUUGAGAAGAUCACUGAAAUCAGCCGGUGCCACAUGGCCGUUGAAUCGGAGAACAGAAUGCUCCGAACGCAUGGGGAAGAGCUCAAGAGAAGAUUGGAAUUCCUCCAGGGUGUGCUGGCUUCUUACAAGAGUUUUGAACAUGCGAAUGGUGUAGGAAAAUACAGCGAGGAGCAUUCUUUAAUGAGGAUUCUUCAAGAACCAUGGGUGCAGCAACCCCAUGUUCAGUCCCAUACUAUUGAUGGGAUCUACAUGUUUUGAUGGAGAACUUUGCCACACACACACACACACACAGACACGUGUAAUAGACAUGCUCCUAGCUAGCUGUUAUGCUGACACUUUUAUUUAUAAUAAAGCUGACCUUGUCCAUUAGUA